AUGGAGUUUCGGUUUACUGUUAUUCUUUCGUCACAGGAAGAAGUUGAAUUUAAUCUUGUUGAGAGAGAGAUAGAGAUGUGGAAUUUAUUACUAGCAAAGUACAUGACAUAUUUUGAUCUUGUUCUUCGAAAUGGUACAUUGGCCGAGGACCUGACUAAGACCGGCAGUAGUUUCCAGUCUGAGCAAAGAGUGAGUGGAGGCGCCGAAAGAGUCCAAACAGAGACACUCCGUAGAGAUUUCCAAGAAGCAUCUAAAAGGUUGGAGACGCUUAAGGCAGAAAAAGCAAAAAUCGAAUCAGAGGCAAAUUUGAAUAAGAAUUUAGCCGGAAAGGUGGAAGCUGAUCUAAUGAGUCUAUCCGAUGCAUACAAUAGCCUUGAGCAACCUAACCUUCAACUGGAAAAUGAGGUGAAAGCACUUAGGGGUGGAGGGCCGUCAACACUUCCAGAUGUAGAGGCAAUAAAAGCUGAAGCAAGGGAAGAAGCUCUGAAGGAGAGUGAGGGUGAACUGAAUGAUCUGCUCGUAUGCCUAGGGCAAGAACAAAGCAAGGUGGAUAAACUUAGUGCUAGGUUGCUGGAGUUGGGAGAGGAUGUUGACCAACUACUUGAAGGCAUUGGAGAUGAUGCCGGGGCUGCUGAAGGUUUCGAAGAUGAAGACGACGACGAGUGAUAUAUUUUUAUUUGUCUCCUCCACUUGAUACAUUUCAUGUUAAAUUGUACAGCUAGCACAAUCUAUGGAGAAUGUAUACAUUCCAUGUUGGAUUUUAAAUUAUGAUUUCUUUA